CCCCUGCAUUGUUUCUCAUUUUCAGAUCAAAACAACGUAUAGAGAAUCCUAUACACACGUAUUUGUGAAUAUAUAUAUAGAGAGAGAGAGAGAGAGAGAAUGUUGGGAGUGUUUAGCAGUUCGAUAGUGUCGCCGCCGGAUGAGCUGGUGGCGGCGGGGAGCAGGAAGCCGUCGCCAAAGGUGACGGCGGAGAAUUUGGUGGCGCGUUUCGUGGAAGCGAAUUCUUCGGCGGUUUCCGUGAAAAUAGGCGAGGAUGUCCAGCUAGCCUACACUCAUUACAAUCAGUCCGCUUUACGGCCAAGAUCGUUUGCGGUUAAGGAUGGGAUAUUCUGCUUGUUUGAAGGGGCCCUUGACAACUUAGGCAGUAUGAAGCAACAGUAUGGUCUUGCAAAGUCUGCAAAUGAGGUGCUUUUGGUGAUUGAAGCAUACAAGGCACUUCGUGACCGAGCCCCUUAUCCUCCGGACCAUGUCGUUGGCCACCUCCGAGGGAAUUUCGCAUUCAUAGUUUUCGACAGAUCCACUUCUACCAUAUUUGUAGCCACUGACCAAUAUGCUAAGGUUCCUCUCUAUUGGGGAAUCACUGCUGACGGAUACGUGGCGUUUGCCGAUGAUGCUGAGUUGCUCAAGGGUGCCUGUGGAAAGUCCCUUGCUUCUUUCCCACAAGGAUGCUUCUUUUCCACAGCAUUUGGUGAACUUAGAAGCUACGAGAACCCCAAGAAUAAAAUCACUGCUGUUCCUGCUAAAGAGGAAGAAAUAUGGGGAGCUAAAUUCAUGGUGGAAGGGCCAAGCGUUCUUGCAGCCACAAAAUAGAGCACCUAUGAAAAUCCAAGUAUUGCUCCAUAAUAUGUCACGUUUGUUGCAAUAGUGAAAGAAGAGGGGGGGACGAAGUGGUGGGGAACUCUGUGGGAUAAGUGAGAGCCAUGUAAAUAAAUGGAGGAGAUUCACUUGUUUGUUCUCAAAUAGAAUCAAGACUUCGCGUCAAGUUGUAAAUUAGUACUUCUUUGCUUCAUAUGCUUUUCUUUUUAGGCCUUCUUUUUUUCAUAAUGAAUCCGUAUAUGGUUGUUCGAUUUA